GGUAGGAUCAUCCUAGCUACCAAAAAUUGUUCGUCAUGAGAUGGUUUGCUUACAUCACUCUUUGAAUCUCCUCUCCUGUGUCUGGCCACCACAAAACCAAGAAAGGACACUGCCAUGAGACUAAAACAACAGUGUUUCACUUUCCCUGUCCCUCUCUUUUCAUUUGCCUUGUGCGCUUAGUUGUUACAUUCUGACGGAAAAGCUUGCAACCCCAUUUCUUUAUUUACUCUCCUUUCUCCUCACAUUAGCCUUCUCGGAUUAAAAUAGCUAAAAAGCAAAGGGCUUUCUCUGAAAUAUGUUUCUGAGGUUACCUGCCAUGAACAGGAGUUUGAACAGAGAGAAUCCAUAUAUUUUGAUUAUGAUGAUUGCAGGGAAACAGAUAAUAAGGGGUGUUGAGGAGGACAAAAGAGAUCAGAGAGAGCCAAGACAUGGGCCCAGUAAAGCCUGCAACACAAAUGAGUGCCACUGCACCAAACACUGAUGUCUUCACCCUUCUCCUCCAUCUCCCCCUCUUUUCUGCCUCUUUACCUUUCCCUCUUAAUUUAUGGCUUUUUUUUAUUUCCAUUCGUCUCCAACAUCCCCACUUCCUUUUUCAUUCUCUUUUCGACUUUGACUCACUUUUUCCUUUCCAUGCUCUUCUUCUUCAACUUCUUGUCUUUAAUGUGCAAGACUAGAGGAAAGCUUGAUGGGGUCUAAGGAAACGACACUCUUGUUUUGGGCUUUGGACGCUUGAAGAAAAAGAUUUUUCUGUUCAUGCAAAAGAAACCAACACAACUUUCGUGUUGGUAUUGUUUUUUUUUUUUGGCAUGGUGUUCUCCAAAGACAACAUAUAUUGGCAAGGAGUUGUUAAGUGUUACUCCUUUGCAGAUUAAGUGAAGUUUAUCAAAGUAAACCUUUUCUGGAAGACAACUUCUAAAUCAAUAGCCUCAUUUAUUAAUUACUUGUUAUUUGAUGGAGAGAGAUAUGUAUAUCGCUCCACUGGAGAUUUCUGGUCGAGGUGCUACAGUAAUAGAUGAAAUAUCCCAGCAUCCCACCUCAAAUCCUCUCAUUCAGUGCUAUUCACUUGACCUUAACAACCAAUCCCAUAUCAUAAAUGGAAUUUCAAUGCUUUCUGGAGAGCAAGGUGAACCUACAAGUAAUGUCCAUGCUGAUGCUUGCUUCAUUAGUCCAUCAACUAUUGCUGACUCCACUCCAUUAGUUACAUCACGGAGAAAGACUAUUGUGGGAGAUGCCUCAAAUCCCAUGGCGAACUCUGAGUUUCAAGAGCAUUUAGUUGGAGGAGUGCCCCUCACUCCUGCUUCGCUUGCUGCCAUUCUUGCUGAUAGAAUUGGUCUUGAAGAAAAUUUGGAGAAUUCAGCCGCCGCCCUAGCUCCCUCAAUCUUUUCCACGGGGGCACUAGAGGUAUUCUUCAACAAUUUGCAUGGUACUUCAAACCCUUGGUUUGGAACUUUUGAGGAGUGUGCUUACAAUGAAAUUCCUAGUAAGUGGAAUGCUAACAAAUUUCCUAAAGCUCCAGAGAAUGAUGGAACUUGUCAGCCCUAUUCUUCUGUGGCAAACCUGGAUCCAAAUGUAUGGGCAACAUCAAACGUUGCAAACAUGGCCAACUAUGCUCACUAUUCCUCUAAUUUUAGUAAAGAACUUUCUCUGAGUCUUGCAACAUCUACAGCCGCAGGACAGUGCUCAGACGUGACUUGCUCUAAUAUGACCCCGUGCAUGAAUGGAACCAUUUCCUGCAGCAGUAGUAGGGAAAUUUCUAUGAAUUUGGGUGGUAAUAAACAUGCACAAAUUUCACCGGAAGUACUGGAAUCGAGAUACCUUCUUGGGAUUCAAGAGAUACUUGCUCAAAUUGCAAGAUAUUCAUUUCAAAAUCUGGAACAGUUAAACUAUUCAGCCCCUGGUAAUAGAGCAGGUGGACACAAGUCAACUUCAGCGUUUCCACCCAAGAGAAACAUCUUGACAGAUCACAAUGCAAGUUCUGUUUACGAAUCUCAUGCAGAGUCUCCUUUGCAAAGGCAGGCUGCUGAAUCUAAGAAAGCUCAACUGCUGGCACUUCUACAACUGGUGGACAGUCGAUACAGCCAGUGUUUGGAUGAGAUACAUACUGUUGUAUCUGCAUUCCAUGCAGCUACCGAGCUGGACCCACAGAUACAUGCACAUUUUGCUCUUCAAACCAUCUCUGUCCUUUACAAGGACUUACGGGAGAGGAUUAGCAACUACAUUCUUGCCAUGGGAUCAAGUUUCAAAAAAUCGUGCACGGAAGACAGUGAAUGGUCUAUUGAAACUUCAUUCCUUCAAAAGCAAUGGGCUCUCCAGCAGUUGAAAAGAAAAGAUCAGCUGUGGAGGCCCCAGAGAGGCUUGCCGGAAAGAUCUGUCUCGGUUCUACGGGCAUGGAUGUUUCAGAAUUUCCUACACCCGUAUCCGAAAGAUGCAGAGAAGCAUUUACUUGCAGUGAAAAGUGGGUUGACUAGAAGUCAGGUAUCCAACUGGUUUAUAAAUGCUCGUGUGCGGCUGUGGAAACCUAUGAUUGAAGAGAUGUAUGCUGAAAUGAACAAAAGAAAGGCCUGUCGAAAUGAAGAAGAAAUCCAGAAUAACCAUGGGAACAGGAUAAGCAUGAGUAAUCAAAGGUUUAAUGUUAACUAAAGGUGUAACAAAGUCGCAUAACGAUAUAAAGCACCUUUUUCUUUAUUCAAAUAGAAAACAGAACUGAGGCCAAAAUCUGAGCUUAUUGUUUUGCAUGGUAGGUAGGGUAUAUUAUUUAUGAGGAUGUCCUGUCCAUGAAGAAAAUAGAAUGUUAGAAAAUUUCACGACA